AUGGGAUUCCAAGUGGAUCGUGUUGACUGGGCACUACAGGAAACAUCAGGUGGACUUCAACAAGCUUUGGAUCACUUGGAGGCUCAUCAGGAUGAGCCUAUGCCUGCAGAUUGGAAAAAGACGCCCUCGUCUGAGCCAGCAGCACAGGUGGACACCGUCGCGAAAUCAAUUCAAUGCAAUACUUGUGGUAAGGUGUUUCGUGACAUGGACAUCGCAAUGUAUCACGCGGACAAAUCAGGACAUGAAGAUUUCAGUGAGAGCACGGAGGAAAUCAAGCCAUUAACCGAAGAGGAAAAGAAGGCCAAACUUGAUGAGCUCCGAGCCAAGGCUGCGCAGAAGCGUGCUGCUCAAGAAGAACAGUACGCUAAAGAGCGCCGCGCUAAUGAAAUUAUUCGACGUAAGGCUGGGCAAGAAGCCAAACAAGUUCGUGAAGAGCUUGAGCGCAAGGAGUUCAUUAAGGAGGCAGAGAAAAAGAGGCGUGAACGCCAGGAAGAUAUUGCAGCCAAAGAGCGAGUACGACAGCAGAUCGAAGAGGAUAAGCGCCGCCGUGCUGAAAAGGCCGCCAUGGAGAAGGCCAAGCGGGAAGGGCGCGCUGAGCCCAGUGAGCCUGCGACGAACCCCCCUCAAAAUUUGUCUUCUAAGACCAGUUCCGCUACAGAAACGCGCUUGCGCGUGCGUUCUCCAAGCGGUGUGUGGAUUGGAACAAUGAGUGUCGAUGCCACCUUAGGUGAUGUGGAAACGGCCAUGAUGCGAGACGGUAAAUAUGUCUUACUAUACACUGAUGCAGUUCUCUACGACUUUCCCCCGUAA